GCAUUCAUCUCGAAGAAGUUCACUUUUCUCAGUUUUCUUGUUCCUCUCUGAAUCUCCGAAACAAAAUCCGCUGAGAUAAAUGGAUUACGAUUACAGAACUCGGUCCGGUCAAAUGCCGAACUACCGUCCCGCCACAUCAUUGGCGCCGUCUAGCCAUCCGAUGUACGGACAUCCGUCGUCGUCGUCGUCCAUGUACCCGCGGGUGGGUCAACAGAGCCACACGGCGGCCCCGCCGCCGUACGGCGGUAACUCAGGCCGUCCCCAGCCCCACCACCAAACCUCAAAUCCUCCUUCGUCUUCCUCCUCGGGAUUGGGCAUUCGAGUUACUUUAAAACCGGAGUAUCGGAUCACUCCGCCGCCUCCGUUGUCAUCGCACGUUGGAGAUAUACCGCGGAGCAAUUUCCAGUUCGAUUUUGAUCUCGAGAGGAAAGUCUUGGCUGAAUUAGAAAAGGAAACUCCGAAUUGGGCCAAGCUCGGGCUGGAAAACAUUCCACCACCGAGGGCUGUAGAACCACCACCUUCGUCGGGUUCUGGCGCAGAUCCCGUUGUCAGCAAAUAUAUCGCUUCAGGGCUCAGCCGGGAAGCAGUUCCUCUUGCAGUAGCAAAUUACGGAGACAAUCCUACUAAGGUUCGAGAAUUCGUCAAUGCAUUCACCCUUCUACGAGAGAUGGGAUUUUCACCAAACGCUGUUGCUGAAGCCCUAAUGAUGUAUGACAACGACACGGACAAGGCCCUAGCACAUUUUCUCAACAGUUCAUCGUGAGAGCGUUCGCGAAACGUUACUCCCGUAUUUACGAUGUUAUCUUACAGAUGUUUGUUUCAGAUUUGUUUUCUCAUGUACACUGCGAUGGUACGCAACACAUUAUGUUACUUUUGAUUGGAGACCAUCGGAUAAAAUUGAGUACACGCGUCCAGCGUAACUGUAACGUCCUAGUCUAAUAAUAUCACAUCAUGUGUAAGUGUUUCUCCACAUGACAUGAUAUUUGACUUA